CGAACCUGACCCGAAACAAGAGAUGUAGCCUCAUCUUCUAUUUGGAACCAGCGGUGUCUCCUUGGAAUCAGGUGAUCUCCUGGAUGUGCCAAACGAUGGCGAUAUCGCUAUCACCAUUGCUUCCGUUACUGAAUCUCCAUCCAGGAACUCGACCCUUCUUUCUUUCUUCUUUGAAACUCCAUCAUUCCACCGCAAUCUCGGCUGCCCACUUCCGGGGAUACACUCUCUCGCUCCCUACUGAGCAUAACCGCUGGCGUUCAUGGAGAGGCAGGCGAGGUUUGAGGCUCAGCGCCCUUCCUGAUGGAGAUGUGCCUGCAGAAAGUGCAAUUCAGGAAGCCCAACAAGUUAUUUCGGGGAACAACGAUGUUGGGUCUUCGAUAGUAGCCUUUCUUCUUGGUGCAGCGUUUAUUGGUCUCACAAUCCUUACAAUUGGGGUCAUAUACAUAGGUGUGACGGAUUUCUUGCAAAAGAGGGAGAAGGAGAAGUUCGAGAAGGAAGAAGCGACCAAGAAGAAGAAGGGUGGGAAGAAGCGGGUAGUGCGAGCUAAGACGGGACCAAGGGGUUUCGGACAGAAAUUGGAAGAGGAAGGUGAUGAUGAUAUCUGAAGUAACGCGGAAGAAACUUAUCACAGUAAUCGAGGCAUAAGCUGCAUUAGUGGAAUCAAAACAAUAGAUCUUUGAAAAUUUUCCAUGUUAAAGAAAGUGCCUUCCUGGAUCGUGCAGCCAGAAGUCUUUGAGUAGAAUUUUUGGUCUAUUCUCUGUUCUUUUCUAGGUUCGAAGUUCUUCUCCUUCUCGUAUCCUCAGGGAUGGUCUGUUGCAUUCCCAAAACAGCAUUCUGUGUAACUUUGCAAAUGUAAUUUCUGUUCUAAUGAUUACUUUCAGUUCAAGUCAUUCAUCUUUCA